AGGAAGACACAAGUGUUGACCUCCUCCGCUGAAGUCGAUGCAGUUUAAUCCGCAUAUUUAGUGAUGGUGAAUAAUCUAAACCGACAAUAACACGGCUUUUGUUUUUAGUUUAAAGAAGGCGCUACUCGCGGGGAUGUCGCUGAACCGCUGCCGGUAUUUAUACUCUCGGUUUCAGCGGCAUAUUCACAGCCGGACUGCCCUCGUCGCCGCAUGUAGCUGUCGUCAGACUUCUGGCUCCGGUUUUUUGUUUAAGCAGCACCAGGCGAGCUCCGUCAUCUGCUGCAGACAUGUCUCCUCCGACAGCUCGACCCCCAGACCCCCGGACACCUCUCUGUUCGUGCCCGUCGCCCUGCGGAGCGAAGCUGCGGCGGACGAUAGUGUCGGAGCCGAGCUGACGCAGCCGCUCGAUAAAAAUGAACUGCUGAAAGUUUUAAACCGGUUUUAUAAAAGGAAGGAGAUACAGAAGCUGGCAUCGGACCAGGGCCUGGACGCUCGUCUGUUCCACCAAGCCUUCAUCAGCUUCAGGAAAUAUGUUCUGGAAAUGACGGCUCUCCCGGCCGAUCUCCACAUCAUCCUCAAUGACAUCUGCUGCGGAGCAGGUCAUAUCGAUGAUGUCUACCCAUACUUCAUGCGUCACACCAAACAAAUCUUUCCCAUGCUGGACUGUAUGGACGACCUGAGAAAGAUUUCUGACCUCAGAGUCCCAGCCAACUGGUACCCCGAGGCUCGUGCCAUCCAGAGGAAAGUGAUCUUUCAUGCUGGCCCCACCAACAGUGGGAAAACCUACCAUGCCAUCCAGCGCUACCUGGCUUCUAAGUCCGGCGUCUACUGUGGACCUCUGAAGCUGCUGGCCCACGAGAUCUUUGAGAAGAGCAACAAUGCGGGCGUACCAUGUGACCUGGUUACUGGCGAGGAGAGGACCUUCAUGGAUCCAGAGGGCCGAGCAUCUGGACAUGUAGCAUGCACCAUCGAGAUGUGCAGUGUCACCACACCUUAUGAGGUAGCUGUGAUUGACGAGAUCCAGAUGAUCAGAGAUCAUUCCAGAGGGUGGGCAUGGACGAGAGCUCUGCUGGGUCUGUGCGCAGAGGAGAUCCACGUUUGUGGGGAACCUGGAGCUGUAGACUUCGUUAGAGAGCUGAUGUACACCACCGGGGAGGAGGUGCAGGUCCACACCUACCAACGCUUAACCCCGUUCUCGAUCUUGGAUCAUGCAGUAGAGUCGUUGGACAACCUGAGACCCGGAGACUGCAUCGUGUGCUUCAGUAAAAAUGACAUUUACUCCAUAAGCAGACAGAUCGAGGCUAGAGGACAAGAAUGUGCUGUGAUUUAUGGAAGCUUACCUCCAGGCACUAAGCUGUCACAGGCGAAGAAGUUCAAUGACCCUGAUGACCCCUGUAAGAUCAUGGUUGCUACGGAUGCUAUAGGGAUGGGUCUCAACCUGAGUAUAAAACGGAUCAUCUUCAACACUCUGGUAAAGCCCAAUAUCAAUGAAAAAGGAGAGAAGCAGAUGGAGACCAUCAGCACAUCACAGGCUCUGCAGAUUGCAGGCCGUGCAGGAAGAUUUUCCUCCAAAUUUAAAGAGGGAGAGGUCACGACCAUGCACCGAGACGACCUGCCCGUCCUGAAGGAAAUCCUCAGCCACUCUGUCGAUCCCAUAGAGACUGCAGGUCUCCAUCCAACAGCAGAGCAGAUAGAGAUGUUUGCCUAUCAUCUGCCCGAUGCCACGCUCUCCAACCUUGUAGACAUAUUUGUCAGCCUCUCUCAAGUGGACGGUAUGUAUUUUGUCUGCAACAUCGACGACUUCAAGUUCCUGGCUGAUAUGAUUCAACAUAUACCUCUGAACCUGAGGUCACGCUACGUCUUCUGCACUGCUCCAAUCAACAAAAAACAGCCCUUUGUUUGUACCUCCUUCCUAAAGUUUGCACGUCAGUUCAGUCGAGAUGAGCCUCUGACAUUUGACUGGGUCUGUCGCCAUGUCAGCUGGCCUCUGGCUGCACCCAAGAACAUCAAAGACCUGGUUCACCUGGAAGCUGUCCAUGACGUCCUGGACCUGUACCUCUGGUUGAGCUACCGUUUCAUGGACAUGUUCCCAGAUACAGCCUCGAUCCGAAAAAUCCAACGGGAACUAGAUGACAUCAUCGAACAGGGUGUCCAAAAUAUUACUCGUCUCAUUAGAGCCACUGACCCAAACAUCACCGAUCCACUACAGACGGAGGGCAACACGCGUGGCCAAGCAGGAAGUGGCGUCGCAGCUGCCAGCACCGCCUUUGCAACCAGAAGCAAAGGUCAGAGAAGCUCAGGAGAGAAGAUGGAUAGCUCUCUGGCAAGUCGUCUGGUGAGAGACGGCCUGUUGACCCCCGAUCUGCUCAAGCAGUUGCAGAGGGAGUGGUCUACAGACCGGAAAAAUCAUGUUGCUAGCAGUCACUCACGGGCACUCAGUGCAGAAAAUUCAAAUAAAAUCAACAAAGGGAAAAGUAAAAAGAAGAAAUGAAGAUUCAGACAUUUGAUCAGUUAUGUGUUGGUCAUUGUGGUUGUAUCUGCUCUGGUGGAUAGGAACAACAGAUACAAGAAUUUGGACUGAGUCACGAGUUGACAGUUCUCGGAGGGAUGAACGCACCAACACGGACCCAACAACACCGUUUGGUUCUGGAUGUUUGUUCUGGACUGACUUUUGGGCCACAAUACUGGCUUGUUUAAUGUUGUGACAUUAUUUAUUGGUUUGACUUGAGCAACAACACUUGUCUUGCUUGCUUUCUUCUGACCGUAGACCAACAAAGCCAGUUGCUUCAGAAAACCUUUGUGGCUCGAGUCACGUCGAGCUCCCCGCCCGAUUUCUGUCCCCAUGAAGGAUCUGGUAUUUGGUGAAAGAUUCUCCCUCAACCGUAUGAACAAAAUCACUUAAAGAAAAACAAAUCAAAACAAAAAAACAGUCAAAUUAGCUCCCAGUAGACUUCUGCAACUGCCCUUGGAUUCAUUUUACAAGUAAUGGAGUCACGGUACUGUUUGGUUGUGGGAGAUGUCCAGUAUGAGAUGGCACGAACUUUACAUUUUUCUAAUCCAGGCGUCGUAUGGUCAUAAAUGUGGUUUUGAGCAGGUCACUACAGACAGUGGACUCAGGACUUUUACAGAACAGACUCAACUGUAUAUUUAUGCAGAUGCAUCACCAUAUGUUUUUUGUUCUUGUCUUUACAUUUAAGCAGAUGAUAUUCAUCAAUAAAAACAGCUUUUUAAAUCUG